CCUCGAUCAGUUCGAUGGAUGCGAUCCCUUGGGUAAGAACAUGACAUCACGACAUAGGGAUGUUUUCUGUGAACGUAUAAUAAGACGAAGCUUUUCGAGUAUCGGGCUCCUUUUCUUUUGAAGUUAAUAGUCAGAAAAAAUAAACCAUUUCUUAAGAAACACAAAUUGUCGAUCUCCACGAUUCGGACAUCCCCGUCAUUAAAACUCAAAUCGAAUCAGAACCGCAACUACUACAACCGAAUUCAUAAUGUCAAACAACCAAGGUGGUGGUCUCCUCGGCGGACUAGUUGGCGGAGUUGACAAUGUCCUCACAGGCGGCGAAAAAGCUAAAGGCCAGGGUGGUCUUCUCGGAGGCGUUGGUGGUGCUUUGGGUAGCACGACCGAAGGACUCGGCAAAGGAUUGAACUCUACAACGAGAGGAGUUGGAAAUGCUGUAGGACAGACUACCGAAGGUCUUGGCAACACAGUCGGCGGCGUGACGAAUUCGGUGGGGGGCACCGUGGGUGGAAUCACUGGUGCUGGUGGCUCUGGUGGUACUGGUGGUACUACUCAGAAGAAGCAGGAUAAUACCGCCUUCAAAAGCUAUGGUAUCUGAGUACGGAUUAAAAGGGGUGUAUGGAUUGAAGCUGGGGCAUUUGAGAUGAUAUAAAGAAAUACAAUAAAUUUAAUUAAUCGCUGUUAUUUAAAACAUGGGAUAUGCUGAAAUGUGUUUUUUAUUUGUU